CAGUGGACGUCAAAAACUCGACUAGUGUUGGUUUGAAUUUGAAAAGGGUGAAACGAAGAACAUUUCUUCCACGUUUCUUCAACAAUCCGCAGUGAUGCUUCCGAGUCCUGCAACCUCAACUCCAUUUUCGGUAAAGGACAUCCUCAAACUAGAACAGCAACAUACUCUUAACCCGAAUGGUUUCAUAAGUGCAGAGCAGGACACUGUACCGCUGCAGUCGCUUCAGCUUCAGUGUAUGCAGAGCACAUUAAGCCGGAGCCUAGAUCUCCUCUACAGUCCUGAGAAACACAACGUGAUUGCUGGGGAACAGGUGAAAUGUGCCUUGAAUUCAGAUGACUUUGACAUCGUCAGAGAUUCAUGUGGCUCUCCAAAGGAGGAGGAGAUGGAUCCAAGCGAAGAAACAGGCAUGUGUCUAUUUGACGAUUCCAGCUGUAAUAGUAAAAACGAUCCACCAAGGGAGAAACCAAAGCAGAGGCUGCGCAGGAAACCCCGAGUUCUCUUCUCUCAAACUCAAGUGUAUGAGCUGGAAAGACACUUCAAGCAGCAGAGAUACCUGUCAGCGCCAGAGCGAGACCACCUGGCUCAUGUCCUGAAGCUCACUUCCACACAGGUGAAAAUAUGGUUCCAGAACCGGAGGUACAAAUGUAAGAGACAACGACAGGAUAAAACUCUAGAGCUGGCCGGCCCGCGGAGGGUGGCAGUGCCCGUGCUAGUGCGAGAUGGCAAACCGUGCCAUGGAGCUCCGUACAAUGUCACUAUUGGAUCCUAUCCCUACAAUAACUACUACAACAGUUAUGGGAAUAACCCAUACCACUGUAACUUCACCUCUGUUCCUUCGUUUGCCAACACAAGCCAAAUACCCAACCAAUUUUCUGUGGAUAUGAAUUUCAAGACGGGAACUGUUGAUGGGAUCAGAGCUUGGUGAGACAUGGCGGCAAACCCAAAAGAGAUUAAGACCAUUUAAUGACAAUGCUGAAAAUACGUUGGAAAAGCACGGUCAUAGCUUAUUAAAAAAAAAAGUUGACUGAUUUUAUAUAUGUGUAUUUUGAUAUUCGUGCGUUUAACAAAAACACCAAAUAAAGAACAUUAAACAGAAGCUCGAUUAACCUUUUUCUAUGCUUUUAUGAAGAACCAUUUUCAGGAAACCUACAUUGCCCAAAAUAUGUCUAGAUCGUGAGUUAUUUGUCGAGUUGAUUGUUGUCCGGCUAUCCUAGAGCGAUUUAACACAUUAAAAUGGGGAAAAUGGUGUCUGUGAGUUGGAACGUGACAACUGACAAGAUUGUUUUAACUCAAAUUAAUAUUUAAAAAUUAAAUGCAUAUAAACAAUUCAUUUUUAUGUUGUUACAAUGUAUUUUUGCUAU